AGUCCAAACAAAACCAAAACACUCCGCACUUCAAAGCGGAGCAUUUUCCAUCUCUUCGUUUCAAACCCAUUCACUGCAUCUCAACUCAACAUUUGCUGACCUUCCAUCCAACGAAUGGCAUCGACAGUGACGACGCCCGAGCCCGCCACGACCGCCGCCGCCGCCGCCGCCGCUGUGAUCUCUGGCGACAGCUCGUCCAUCACCAAACCCGUCCUCAGCCAAGAGCAGGUCAAGCACGUCCUCGCGACCUACUUUGGCAUCCAGGCCGAGCUGCUCAAAGAGUUCCCUUCGUACGACGAUCUCAACUACUUUGUCCGCGGCGUCGGCGUCGUCGUCGAGUCUGCGUCGCCGGCGUUGGCUCAGAUCGAGAAUGGCGCCUCGCACGAGUACGUCCUCAAGAUCAACAACUGCGGCGAAGAUCGCCAUGCGCUGGACUUGCAGAACAAGGCCAUGAUGCAUCUGCGCUCGCUCAAGUGCCCUGCGCCGCCAGUGAUGCCCAGCCUGGUGAAUGGCGGCGCCGUCAUGUUUGAAAUCAACCCGUCCACUCUGGCGCUGGAGCCGACAACUACAACUGAAAGCGCGUCGUCGCCGGCAUCACUGCCUGUGCGUUUGCUGGGGUUUGUGCCAGGAACAUUGCUGUAUGAAAUCAAGCCGCACGCAGCGCACUACGAGGCCGUUGGCCGGUUUGUCGCGACCAUGGCAGACGCGUUCGACACGUUCGACCACCCCGCCGCCACCCGCGAUUUCAUGUGGGACUUGCGACAUGCUCCGCGCUUCCGAAAGCACCUCGAGCUCGUCAAGCUGCCCGAGCGACACGCGAUUGCGCAGUCCAUCCUGGAUGCCUUCGAUGCCACAGUUGGUCCGCUCAUGACCGAGGCGUGGGCCAAUCCUCCGGCCCUCGACGCCGAGACCGGGUUGCGCAUUGGCAUCAUCCACGGCGACUGCAACGACCACAACAUUCUUGUCGCGCAAGAGCCGCCGCAGGUCAUUGGCAUCAUCGAUUUCGGCGAUGUUGUGCGGUCUCACCUCGUCUUUGAUGUGGCAAUCGCUGCAGCCUACUGCGUUCUCGACCAAAGCGAUCCCGUUGCCGUGGCGGCCAGUGUACUCUCCGGCUAUCUUGCCAAGCGCUCGCUCAAUCGCACCGAGCUGGAGGUGUUUGGCCUGCUGCUAUGUGUUCGACUCGCCAUGUCCGUGUUGAUGUCCGCCCGCAAGCAAAUCAUGUAUCCCGACGACGAGUAUCUCCGAGUCACCGAACGUCCGGCCUGGGCUGCAUUGACCUGGAUUUUCAGCCGGCCAGGCGGGCUUGCUGCCUUUUCCAACGACGUGUGCUCGCGUGCCCAGCAGGCACAGGUUUGAUCGUGCGACCAAGAAGCGGGGCUCAGAAAGCGACAUUGUGCUUACCAGGGCAGGGCAGGGAGGUUUUGGAUGUUGUGGGAUUUGUACAGUAUUGCGAACUGGGUAUUGGAACGAGGGCCCCUUUGAUUGAAAAUGCGUGUAGAUAUUGGGGGUUGGACACCCGAGAAUGCAAAUAUCACGACUGCUGGAAAUUGGAGGGACACUAUCGUAAAAUGCUCUGCAGGCUUUCAUAAACCAGUCAAUGUAAAUCUAUGGUUUGAGUUUUGGAAAUGUUUGAUUAUUGGAUCGCACGAAAAGAGC